GCUCUUAAUUGAAUACAACCAUGACGUCUUUAAAACCUGAUUUAUCAACGCAGAAUAUUGGAAUUUUUUAGUCAAGGACUGCCUUUAGGCGUUGGAAGGCGAAACUUGUAAAAACGGGCAAAACUAGAGCAACAUUUAACUGCAUCCAACGAAAUGUGCACAGCCAAAAAUUUCAUCAAAACAAAUCCGCUUACAGGAAAUGAAACUCUAGAAGCCAAAACAUUAUCUACAUCAACCCGUGAGGGCUCAAAAGACACGGAGACACCAGAUAUUCGCGUGCAAUCUUGGAAGUCAACAGAUGAAAGCAAGAACACACGCGCUGAUCUGUACCAUCUUGGAAUAGAAAUGUGUUCUGCCACAAAGACUGCGUUAAAAUUUCCAACAAGAAACAGUGUGUUCAGGAGAAUCAGCGAAGAGAGAAUGGCGGCGCAAAAAGACGAUGGAAAACUGAAGCCAGAAGAUAAGUCGGCCAGGAGAAGAAAGCAAAGCUUGUCGCUAGAUCCACAACUAUUACUCCAGUGGGCUGCGACUUACAAUGAUGUUGAUACCUUAAAAAAUGUAGUGGAAGGUACGAAAGUCGACCUUAAUGCUCCAGGAGUCGAUGGGUCGUAUGCCUUGCACCGAGCUGCAAGCACAGGGAGCUUUGAAUGUCUUCAGUACCUCGUGACAAAAGGUGCGCAGUUAGAAGUUCGCGACAAAGAAGGAUCCUCGCCGCUGGAUGCCGCGGUUUACGAAGGAGAAUUUGACUGCGCGCGCUUUCUAAUCGAAAAAGGCGCGAGUAUAAGUCACAUAAAGGACGGAUUUACAGACAGGAAUCUGGUUAAGAUACGAGGACGAGAGCGAGCCAUGACUUUCAUGUAGCCGGCACACAACAUCAUUCAUGGUGAAAGUUGCGUUGCAGUUCCAGGGAGAAGUGUUCUUGACAUUUUGUACUCGCUUGGAUCAGUGAAUGAAAUCUGCCUCGCCGUUACUAGUUCAAGUUGAACAUUGAUCAAAUAAUUGAUUACUUGGAAAGUAAUCGACAUGAAGCUGUAUCGAGGAAGAGUUUUCUGAAAUCUGAAGUUUUUGUAGUUCGCACAUUGAAUUUGACUACAGCUGCGUCAAUGACAUUGGCGCUCUCGAAGACACAUGUGAGAACUGUUUGCUCAUCAUUUUCUCUACUGUUCUGAUUACUCGCUCUAAAGUGCUUCAGUUGACUAAUAUGUCUAAACUGAGUCGAGGAUAGCGAGGAUAGCGAGGAUAGCAAGGAUAGCACGAUUCACGAUUAAACUUGCAAAAAACAGUUUGGAUAAUUAUUUUUUAGAGUUAUCCAUGGAUCAUUCGCAUGGCACUACAGGUUUCGUUUUGAAGGAACUAUCUAUCUUUUGGUUGAAAGCGUGAAACAAAAACCUGUGCUUAAUGAAAAAAUUAAAAUUGCGAAUGGAAAUAUAAAAAACUACUUAAGUUGAUAACUGUCAUUCAGCUGUAAAAGCCACCGGGGUAAUAGGGUUUCGAAUGUUAAAAUUACUAUCACGAUCGUACUCGCAACUUGAGACCUUACAUGUAAGAUACAAAUGAUCGUUAUUAUAAAAGGUGCGUUAGUUUCUCAUAGAUUUCGGAUAUUUGUGACCCUGUGUGGCGUUCUGUGAUGAGAAAAAGCCUGAUUUAUGGCAUUUUAAUUUUCCUGAA